CGACGGACGUCAACAUAUUUAACCAACAGUUUUUAUCGAGCUAACUACCCGGUUUAUGAAAAGCAUUCAUUGCUCGCUAGACCGAAGCCUCUGACAUGUUUCGUACCACGAUGUUUCAAUCCAGACGACGCAAGACCUGAAUAGUAGAUAUCGAACGACGAUUAUCAAGCGCCCUGUUUUGUCGUCUUGGUCCCCGAGGAGUAUUGACAAGACCGUUAUUCGAAUUAAAACAUCGAUGUCUAUUAAUGGGUUACAUAAAUUGUUGGGAAAAAACGCUUCAUCUAAUCUGGUAAGGAUGUAGCUCUCCGAUCGUCUAUAUCGGCGAUAGAUUAUUAUAACCAGAGCCGCUAAAGGCUUCACACUUGUUUGGGGUCUAAAUUAGCGCCACCGCCCCCUGCUGGUAUGAAACGGGUUUACCAGCUUUGCGUCUCUUCCUGGACUGAAGUGAGGCGAGGGCAGUGAGCCGAGACCCAACGGGGACCUUCAGAAGUCGACUCUGAUUAAUUUAGAAAACCGCCGAGGCUUUCAGAGUCGACGCAGACUUCACGGAUUACUCACUUUAGCUCCGGUGACUGGUGGACGGAGUUGGACAGCCAUCAUCACCGAAGAUGGCCCUCGAACAAGACCAGCAAAUUCCACGCGCUUGUCCUGUGUCCAAUGCCAUGCCUCCUCCUGAUGAUUCACUGACAGAUGAACCUCAGACCCGAGCUGACUUCUUAAAAUAUUACUGUCACCUCACCCUGGACGCGAACACAGCGUACAGAGAGCUGCGCCUGUCUGAGGGCAACAGAAAGGCAGAGCUCACGGAUUUGGUCCAGACGUAUCCUGAACACCCGGAAAGGUUCUCUCACCUCUUUCAGGUGCUGUGUAACGAGGGCCUGUCAGGACGCUGUUACUGGGAGGUGGAGUUUGAAGGGUCUAUUGAAAUAGCAGUGGCGUACAAAGAUCUCGGCAGAUCAGGCUAUUAUGACGAGUGUGCGUUUGGCUGCAACGACAAGUCCUGGAGUUUAGACUUAAACAAAAACCACAAGUGUUUCAGACACAGCGAUGAGGAGGUUGCCGUGCCGGAGCCUCGGUCCUCCAGGGUCGGUGUGUACCUGGAUCAUAAGGCAGGCAUUCUGACCUACUACUGCGUCUGUGACACGAUGCUGCAGCCGAUGCACAGAGUCGAGACCGCGUUCACACAGCUGCUCUACCCCGGGCUGUGGGUCGCAGGCAGCGCCCGGCUGUGUGACCCGGAGUAGCCGUUCCGGCCAAUAUGUGUCCAGUCUGUCUCAUGUCAGCAAAUGUUGGUGCACUGGUGACACUGGACAGCGGUGGGGAUGAGCAUCAUGGCUUUCAGCAGGAUGGUGAAUGCCACAAAACAUCAAGCCACAUAGCAGGAUGCAGCAAAAAACAAAGCCUUAAUUUUUUUUUUUUAAAUACAUUUUUUAGGAAUCAGAAAAGUUGUGACAAUGCUGAUUUGGCUGUCAGACUUAAACAAAUCACAACAAUAAUGUAUCUUAUAAGAAUAAUUUUCACUUCACAUUUCCAUUUUUAGCCAUGCUAGUGGCGUGCCUCCAGGAACGGCAAUGUCAGUUGCUUGAUCUGUUCACCACUUUGGUUCAGAUUGAGAUAUUUGAACGACUAUCGGAUGGAUUGCCAUGAAAUGUCGAGCAGACAUUCAUGGUCCCCAGUGGAAGAAUUCAGAUGACGUUGGCGAUCCCCUAACUUUUCAUCGAGCGCCAUCAUCGCGUCAAAAUUUACAUUGUUCCAAUACUUUGGUUUAUCAGCCUUGGCUUUUGUGUGUAGUGCUAAUUAGGAAAUGUUAGCAGUCUCUCUUCUCUGCUUGAGAAGUCUCAGAUUUGUUAUGGUAAACACACAACUCUACAUAACUAUAGUUAAAAAUGAUUCAGAAUUUAUCAGAUUUUCACUCAGACAUUAACAAAUGAAAAUGUCAUUGGGUACUUUGUUUAAAAAUACACAUUCACACUUGUCUUUUGUUAUGUUUUGAAUCAAAAGAGGACAUUUUACUUAAUUGAAAAUUUCUCAAAACUUCUAAAGCAAAAUGCGAGUAAAUCUGAGUAAAUCACCAUUGAAACCAUUGCAGAAUGGCUGAAUUGCAGUAUCCUGCAGGACUAAAAGACAGAACUAACAGUGGUAUGGAAACGGAGUAACUGGUUGUAAAAACUGGUGCAAAUCUGCUGUAAACGUUUUUCAGUUGAUAAUUGGAAAAAAAAGAUAAUUGAAAAAAAAAAAAAAAAAUCCGCAACUGAUCCCUGA